CCCCCGUCCCCCGUCCACCCCUCCACCACCACAACCACACCGCUCCCACUCCCCCGCACUCCUGAUGAGUAACUGAGAAUACAGUACAGUACGGUACAGUCCAAGCCGCUGCCGUUGCUGCUGCACAAAUGCCUACCCAUGAUACCAUCCCAUAAUUAUCCCAUGAUACCAUCCCAUACAUGACAUACCCACCAUACCCACCAUGCCAUACAUGCCAUACAGACAAAACCCCCUCCCUCCUCCGGCGGCACAGUGCUAUAUCCGCUCCGAUCUCCGAUUCGACUCAUCGGCAUGACGGCGUGCCGGUAUUACCGCUGGCCUUGCUCCUCUCGUGCUCUCUCUCGGAGAGCAUUUAUCAUCCCCCUCCUCCCCUCCUCCCCUCCCCUCCCCUCUCCGCCCCGCCCUCCCACACACCCUCCCACUCACCCAUUCACCCCACCAUCCUCCUGCUCCUCCUACCAUUGCCCUCCUCACGAUACGAUAAACACACAAAGAAAGCGACAAUGCUCCUCCUAACACAACUACAAAACCCGGUCCUGGUGGUCUACAGCGUAUUCAUCGCCUCGCUGGCGGCGCUGUCGCUGCUGUGCGCCGCUGCGAAAAAGCUCGGCGAGGACUUGAAGAUUAAGCCGCCGGCGUCGAAUCGCGUAUGAACUGAAGAGACAGGCGGAGUUCUUGCUCCGACUUCCGAGAGCGAAAAUUCGGUAUCGCGGAUGGUACAAGGACGGCUUAAUAAUGUGUUUCCUCGAAUCUUCGGUUCUUCUUCAACGACAAUGGCGACAACGACGACAACGAUAGUAACGACAACAACGGCGACAACGGCAAUAACAACGCCGGCGACGGCAAUAAAACAACGGCGACAACAGCGGCAACAACGGCGACAACGGCGACGAC